GCCGAGCGCAGUGCGAAGGACGGAGCGACCGCCGAGCGCCGCGGCGCACCGGAGGGCGGACGGGAGCUGCGAGCAAGCGAGGCCCGAGUCCCGCUGGCACCCUUGCUGGGUCCCGGAGCAGGUUUUGGCCCGGCGCAGAGACCCAGGGUCGUGCUGUUCCUCGAAAGCCGCCGCCCUGCCCCUGGCUUCCGAGGACAAAGAGCGGAGAGGAGCGGGCACGCUGGGGGCGCUGGUGCCGGCCAUGGUCAUGGAGGUGGGCACGCUGGACGCCGGCGGCCUGCGGGCGCUGCUGCGGGAGCGCGCGGCACAGUGCCUGCUGCUGGACUGCCGCUCCUUCUUCGCCUUCAACGCCGGCCACAUCGCUGGCUCGGUCAACGUGCGCUUCAGCACCAUCGUGCGGCGCCGGGCCAAGGGCGCCAUGGGCCUGGAGCACAUCGUGCCCAACGCCGAGCUGCGCGGCCGCCUGCUGGCCGGCGCCUACCACGCCGUGGUGCUACUGGACGAGCGCAGCGUCGCCCUGGACGGCGCCAAGCGCGACAGCACCCUGGCCCUGGCCGCGGGCGCGCUCUGCCGAGAAGCGAGGGCCGCGCAAGUCUUCUUCCUUAAAGGAGGAUAUGAAGCUUUUUCGGCUUCCUGCCCAGAGCUGUGUAGCAAACAGUCGACCCCCAUGGGGCUUAGCCUUCCCCUGAGCACUAGUGUCCCUGACAGCGCAGAAUCUGGAUGCAGUUCCUGCAGCACCCCGCUUUACGAUCAGGGUGGCCCGGUGGAGAUCCUGCCCUUCUUGUACCUGGGCAGUGCCUACCAUGCUUCCCGAAAGGACAUGCUGGAUGCCCUGGGCAUCACUGCCCUGAUCAACGUCUCAGCCAACUGUCCUAACCAUUUCGAGGGCCACUACCAGUAUAAGAGCAUCCCUGUGGAGGACAACCACAAGGCGGACAUCAGCUCCUGGUUCAACGAGGCCAUCGACUUCAUAGAUUCCAUCAAGAAUGCGGGAGGAAGGGUGUUUGUCCACUGCCAGGCGGGCAUUUCCCGGUCAGCCACCAUCUGCCUGGCCUACCUCAUGCGGACUAACCGGGUGAAGCUGGACGAGGCCUUUGAGUUUGUGAAGCAGAGGCGAAGCAUCAUCUCCCCAAAUUUCAGCUUCAUGGGCCAGCUGCUGCAGUUCGAGUCCCAGGUGCUGGCCCCACACUGCUCGGCUGAGGCCGGGAGCCCCGCCAUGGCUGUGCUGGACCGGGGCACCUCCACCACCACCGUCUUCAACUUCCCCGUCUCCAUCCCCGUCCACCCCACGAACAGUGCCCUCAGCUACCUUCAGAGCCCCAUCACCACCUCCCCCAGCUGCUGAAAGACCCUGGAGGCGAGGAGUUUCCAGCCACCAGGACCGCAGGCUGUUCCUCCAGAGGAGAGAGGCAGUAACUCCAGAGACGGGCUUGUGGGUGCUGGUCCUUAUUUAUUUAAUUUCACCCCAAUUCCCCCCUGGGCUCUGUGCGUUCACGAUGGCAACAUGUCAAGACGAUUGCUGAACUCAGCACAUUCCGGACCAAUACAUAGUGGGUACAUCAAGUCCCUCAGACAAAACGGGGCAGAAGAGAAAGGACUCCUGUGUGAGCUGGUUUCUUUGUUUGCCCUCCGUUUUCUCUAGAAACUUGAUGCUUGACAUACCUGUCAGUAUUACCAUUCCCGACAACAUGUAUGAGAGCAUACCUUAUUUAUUUCCUGUAGGCGGUCUGCCUUCACAGAUGUGUCUACUCCUAGAAGAACCAAAUACCUCAACUUUGUGUUCGAGUACUGUACUACCUUGUAAAUAGAUCCUGAGCAGGUUGGUCCUCACUGGUGGAAAACACCAGUGUUGGUUUAUUUAGUUGCCAACAAUUGUGUGUUUGCUGGUUAUUUAUGACCUGAAAUAAUAUAUUCCUUCUUCUAAGAAGACAUUUUGUUACAUGAGGAUGACAUUUUUUAUACAACAGAAUAAAUUAUGGCAUUUCUAUGAAAA